AUGUCAUUAAGUCAGAGCAGAUGGACUACUUGGCGCCAGCAUCAAAAGCUAGACAAAGCUAUUGAAUUAGGCUCAAAACUUUUUCAACCUGAUGAUGAUUUCGCAACAAACAAUGACAAUAACAAUCAAUUUACUUAUACAGAAGAAAUGGAUUCGAGCGAUUCCUCCGAUGUUAAUGAUAUUAAGCAAGAACUUUAUGAACAAGAACAUGAUGAGCAAGAUUUAUUGAAAGAUCAUGUGGAGAAUCAUAAUGCAAGUGAGCUUUUGUUCGAUGCAGAUGAUGCUGCGAAUGAAAUCGAUAUAGCAAGUGCUCUUAUUCUACUUAAAAAACAACAUAAUCUCUCUACAAAAUGUAUUGAAGAUAUUAUUUUGCUUCUGAAAAGCCUUCGCGUAUCAAAUACGCCUUCAAGUUGGUACAAAGUAAAACGUCUUCUUCUUAAAUCCAAACCACAGUCAACAGAAUAUUUUAUUUGUUCUAUUUGUGAUCAAUUGUCAACGAACAAGAAAUAUUGUCAAUUUUGUUCAACUACUCAUCAUGUUGAACUUCCAUCAUUUCGUGUUUUUUCUGUUAAAGAUCAGUUACAAAAUAUUCUUUUUAAUCAUCACGAUAUUGAUUUAUAUUAUCGAAAAAAAGAUCUUUUAAUCCGUGAUAUUCGUGAUGCAUCUGUUUAUCAAUCAAUUCGUGCUCAACAUUCAAAUCUCAUGUUGACAUUGACAAUCAACAUCGACGGAAUUCAACCGUCUAAAGGUUCGAUUAAAACAAUAUGGCCGAUCAUCUUAAUAAUAAACGAGCUUGCUCCGAAUCUAAGAUUUGCCUUUCACAAUAUUAUAUUAGCUGGACUUUGGCCUGGCCCAUCCAAACCUUCACGAGAUAAAAUGAAACAUUUAUUACGUCCUAUCGUUGACGAACUUCUUCUUCUAGAACGUGGUCAAGCAUUUAAUUUGUUGGAUAAAGGCAUGCAAAUUAUACAUGUUUAUCUUAUAGCCGGCUGCUGUGACAAGCCCGCGCAGGCUUUGGCGCAGUGUAUUGUAGAACCUAUUGCAGCAUUUGGCUGCGGUUUCAUGGUUCCAACUGAUAACAAUGGUCAUGUUCGAAGUUUUUCAACUACUCAACAUGACAUUAAUACUAUUCGCAAGCGAUCAAAUGAACAGUAUGAUGAACUAAUCAACUUACUACAAUUACAAACACAAUUAAAAAGUUUAUGGUCAAAAAAAAACCAACUAAUAGAUGAAUUAACUGACAGUCAUAAUCAAAAAGGCAUUGCAGGGGUGUGCAUAUUUCGUGAACUGAAGUACUUUGAUGUUGGCUAUUCAUUCACAGCCGAUAGCCUUCAUAACAUAUACUUGGGAACGUUCAAAAGAAUGAUUGGUCUUUGGCUUGGUACAAAAAGUCGAGAGAAAGAAUGGAGUGUACUUGAGAAAAUAAAUAAAUUAGAUGAGCUUUUCGAGCGAGUCCGACUACCAUCAACGACUACUCGUAUUCCACGAUCUCUUCUUGAUUAUAAGAAAUUUAAAGGUAAUGAGUUUAGAGUUUUACUCUUAUUUGGUCAUGCAAUUUUCUACAAAAUACUUCCAAAACGUUUUUAUGAUCAUCUAAUUCAACUUGUCGUUUUGAUGCACCUUGCUGAAGGUCGAGAAAUUCGAAUGCUUGUUCAUGCCACGAGAGGUCCGAGAAAUCAAGGACAAGAGAUGAUCAACAAUUUAAACUUGUUUCAACACGCAUUACGUCAUGCUUAUAUUUAUUCAAGCAAAACGAAUCUUGGUUCUUUUGUUAAGUCACACUUGUUACAUUUCAAUGAUAAGCCGGAAAAAAUAGCAAUGAAGAUUGGACAUAAAAAUAAAAAAGAAGAUUGUGCUGUUCGUCAUCUUUUUCCACAAUCAGAACUAAACUUUUACAGCACGUUGCAUAUUGGUGAUCUUCGUCUCUCUACAAGAACAUAUUCCCAUGGAAAAUCCUCUGAUGAUUCAAACAUACUUUUUAUUCUUAAUGGAAACAAGACAUUCGGACGCAUACGAUCGAUUUUCACUGUUAAUGAUGGAGAGCCUCUUCUCUUCGUUGCUCAUGUACUCAAUAUUUCACCAUUAGUAUGUCAACUCGAUGGAUAUGAGGAAUUUGAAUUUCGUGAUAUACAAACAGCGUCAGCUACUGAUUGGUCGUUUGUGCUAAUUAAUGUUCAAGAUUUUAUUGAAAAAACAGUACUUUUUGAAAGACCAAAUCAGUGCUGUUGUUUUUUUCGUUUUCCAAAUCUAGUUCAUAGUUCAUAA